AUGUCGAAACCAGUAUUAUUCGGCGGCAUGAAGCCCGUUGCUUUCCUCUGCGUUCAGCUCGAAGCCGCGCGCUCGAGCGCAACACCCACACACAGUGGUGCAAUGGCCAACGCUGAGAACUCUGUCUGGUCUCGUCGGCCGACGGAGACAGCAUCCGCAGUCAUGACCACAGCACCCACCCCGUCCGGCACAGUCCUCGCGAAGAGCACUGUAGAUACCAUUUUGGGUGUGAGCGCCAGAGUUCAAACCCUCUCGUAA